AUGGAAGCAAACUGGGGCUCAAAGCUGGGCCUCAUCGCCGAUAGCACCCUUGUGACAGUCUUUGAGCGCAACCGAUGCAGAACAAACGGACUCAGCUCUACAUCCCAAGAUAAGACUAUCGAAAAGAAUAUGCCGCGUCUAAGGGAAGGGCUGCAGCAACUGGAGGCAGAGCUUUCCCAAGCAGAGCAGGACGGUUCAGUACCGUCUAAAGAACUCGCAAGUCGAGAAGAUACCCUGAUCAAGCUACAACAACAGCUGGAGAAAUUGGAAGCAUUGCUUCAGGACAAAGAUGAUGUCGAUGCAAGGGCUGUCCUGCUUGGUCUGAACCAAAACUCGACAAAGCACUCACGGUCAAAAAUCGUGAGGUUUUCUGAGCACGAGGUCGAAGUUGACAAUCUUGGCAACAGCCAAAUGCUGCAGCUGCAUCAAAGAAUUAUGGACGAUCAGGACCAGAACUUGGAUCGUCUUAGUCAUGCCCUUGGGCGGCAACAGGAUAUUGGCCUGAUGAUCGGCGACGAACUGGACACUCAUAUUGGCAUGCUGGACGACACGGACCAUCUUGUGGAUCGCACAGAGAGCCGUCUAGGGCUUGCUCGGCGACAGCUAACAAAGGUGGCCGAGAAAACAAAAGGCUGUGGUUCGUGGUGGAUCAUCCUCGGUCUGCUUACCAUCCUUAUUAUCUUGAUCAAGAAUUGA